AAACAGCCUGAGGGCCACGACACUUGCGGGCGCAAAGAAUGGCUGACAAGACUCAAAUUGACACAAACCCUUUCUUGCGACGGCCGCUAUACAUCUACGACCUACCGCCAGAACUGCUGUUAACCCUAACUCUUGCCGGAGGAGAUCACUCGCAGCCCCAGCCGCAAGAGUCCCGCUCUGAAGGUAUACCUGCCGAUCGAGAGAAUACUCCCAGCGAAGACGGUGUUGCAAAUUCAACAUCAUGUGCGCUCUGCAGAGUCACCUUGGACAGUGUCCAGGACCAGCGACUCCAUGUCAAGUCGGAUUUCCACCGCUACAACAUCAAACUCAGCAUAAAACAAAUCCCUCCAGUUGACGAAGCCACUUUUACGAAGAUGAUCGGUGACUUGGACGAGUCACUCUCAGGGUCAGACUCGGAGGGUUCAGAUGAGGAAGAUGAAGAGGAGGCAAAAGGCGGAGACAGCACACUAACUUCUCUGCUACGGCGGCAGGCCAGGAUAUCUCAUCCAGCUGCGACCGAUGACACGGAAGCCUCCAAAAAGCGUGGGUUCGGCAGUGCUCCGUUACUAUGGUUAACAAGCCCUAAGAUCGGAAACGACGUUGGAUUAGGCGUCUAUCGAGCCAUAUUGUCGAACGAGGAGCAAGAACAAGCAUCCACUUCUCUUGUGGAAAUUCUCCAAAAGAAGCAGCUCAAACCGAUAGUGGCAAAACAGAGUGGGAGGACGAACGGAGACUCAUCACAGGCUGGUGGUAAAGAUCCCCAUUUCUUCCUGUGCAUGAUUGGGGGCGGUCAUUUUGCCGCCAUGGUCGUCUCGCUGGUGCCAGAGUUGAGGAAAGGCCCCGGCGGGAUUGAGGAGCGCCACGCUAUCGUUAGGGCUCAUAAGACGUUCCAUCGAUAUACCACGAGACGGAAACAAGGUGGCUCUCAAUCCGCAAAUGACAACGCGAAAGGAAACGCCCACUCUGCGGGUUCAUCCAUCCGGAGGUAUAACGAGAUGGCCCUGGAAGCGGACGUUAGAGCAGUGCUAUCGGAAUGGAAAGGGAUGGUCGACUCCGCCGAACUACUGUUUAUUCGAGCUACCGGAAGCACCAAUAGAAGGACUUUGUUCGGACCUUACGAUGGCCAAGUCUUAAGAAGCAACGACAAGAGGAUACGCGGCUUCCCUUUCAGCACACGGCGAGCGACGCAGGCCGAGCUUUUACGUUCGUUUCAAGAGCUGACCAGACUCAAGGUCGGCAAGCUUGUUGAACCAGCGGCUGAGAAGCAAUCACUUGAGAAGGCUGCUGCGAAGGAGUCGAAACCGAAACCUCAAGCCCAGAAGCUGAGUAAGGAGGAGGAACUGGCACAGUUUCAUACUUCUCAGCUACAAGGCCUAAUUCGACGUUCAAAGGCACCUGGCGUCUUACUUUAUUUGACCAAGAACGAACUAUCCCCGGAUUUCACCUUCUUCCCUCCUUCUGACCACCAUCAUGCCCCGACUCCGCUCCACCUUUCUGCGUCGACCAAUUCACCAGCAUUAGUAUUGGCCCUCCUUACCAAGACGAAGGCUGACCCGACCGUAAAGAACGGCGACGGCAAAACAGCAUACGAAAUCGCUGGCGACGCCAAAACGAGAGACGCCUUCCGCAUCGCUCGUCACCAACUUGGUGAAAAAACCUUCGACUGGUCCGCAGCGCAUGUCCCCUCGCCACUCUCGCAAGAAGAAGCUGAUGCAAAGACGGCACAGGAAAAAGCGGCCUCUGAAGCGGCGGAGGCACAGCGCAGAAAGGCUGGCCUAGAACAUCUCCGGCUGGAGGAGGAAAAGCGCAACUUGACCAGGAUAGAAAGGAAAGCCGGAGCUGGCAAGACGCUCGCAGCCGCAGUGGAGAAGACUGGCGCAGAGAAGCGAGAGGAAGAGGUGCGCGGAUUAACCCCCGAAAUGCGCAUGAGGCUGGAGAGGGAACGGAGGGCAAGGGCCGCUGAGGCGCGGAUCCGACGCAUGCAGGACGCGGGCUGAGUUAGCCUUGCUUCACGAGAUGCUUGAGAGCCGUGAAGGUGAUCUAAUUGGCGUCUUUUUCAGAUGGCAGUCUUUUUCCGGCAAGCGAAUCUAUUGGAAAGCCCAAAAGUGCAAGUCGUCUAGGUUCAUGAUCUUCUCCCCUUGCGAGCGACAUACGCUCGUCGACAAAGAUCAGUCUCGCCUGCCUGAUUGUGUGUCGAUGCGCAAAAUAUCUACAAUUCUCAGCCUCGUCGCUAGUGGAGCCAACACCCUCCGACCUCAAAGACAGCUACUCUCUAUCCUCGUGCCACUCACUCACUUACCACCUCUCACACCACAAUCUCGUGCUCCUUGAACAAGGGGAAAUGCCGCAUCAGAUAAUCCCGGGCCUCUUGGUAGUCCUUCUCCAGCACUUGCAUGUGGCGCUCGCUCCGGAUGGUGAUGUC